AUGGGCACCGCGUCUGACGCGGACGCAUCCGGGGGUACCAAGACCCGCGCCGUCGUCGUCGACCUCUACACCGGGGAGAUCGAGUCCGACGUCGUCCUCCCCUUCAAGGCGGCGCACGUCCUCCCGCUGCACACGGGUGCUUCACACGAACACGCGGAACACGCGCACGAUGCGUCGGCGGCUCUUUUGGUGGACGCCGCGGGCUCCGCGGCGCACGUGUUCCCGGCGACCUCCGAGGCUCGAGACGCCGCGUACGCCGACCGGGCCAGGAUCUCGUACUACACCGUGGACCAGGAGAGGAACGAGCUCCGCGGGUACGGCCUGCUGCCCGCGUCGUUGGACAAAGCCACCGGCGAAGCUCCCGCGUCCUACCGCACGACGCAGACGUGGUCGCAAAGGUUCCCGCCCGAGGUUGGACAAAUCGUGGGAUACGCCGCCAAGCCCGCCGACGAGAUCGUCCACAGCUGGACCCGCGUCCUCGGCGACCGGUCCACGCUCUUCAAGUACCUCUCCCCCAACGUCGUCUUCGUCGCCACCGCCCCCAAGGAUGCACCCGCGGGCCAAUCCUCCGUCUCGGCGCACCUCAUCGACGCCGCCACCGGUCGAGUGCUCUACAGGGUUCGACACGCGGACGCGCGGGGACCGGUGCACGCCGUCGUGUGCGAGAACUGGGUGACGUACCACUACUUCAACACCAAGGCUGGGCGGUACGCGAUGAGCGUGCUCGAGAUGUUCGACGACGCUGAACACAGGAAGGGCGCGGCGACGGUGAGCUCACUGGCGCCGCCGCCGCUGCGCAUCAUGGGCCAGAGCUACUACGUCCGGCCCGCGGCGACGAUGAUGGCCACGACUUACAGCGCGCAAGGGGUGACGGGACACCAGGUUCUCAUGGGAACGGCGACGGACCAGGUGGUGGCGUUGGACAAGCGAUGGCUCGACCCGCGGAGGCCGACCAAGCCCACGAAGGACGACAAGGAGGAAGGCCUGAUCCCGUACACCGAGGUGCUGCCGGUGUUUCCCCAGUCGUGGGUCACCACCAGGCACCAGGUGGCCAAGCUCCAGGGCAUCGUCACCUCCCCCGCGUCGCUGGAGUCCACGGUGCUGUUCGUGGCGCACGGCCUGGACUUUUUCUUCACCAGGCUCCAUCCCAGCCGGAGCUACGACAUGCUCGACGAGGAAUUCUCUUACCUGCUCCUGGUGGUGACGAUGGUGGCGCUGGCAGCCGGGGCGUUCGUCACGCAGGGUCUGGCGUACAAGAAGGACAUGGAGAAGAGGUGGAGGUGA